AUGACGAAGACCCCGCUGACGGAGUGGUGCGACGCGAGCGCGGCCCACUGGGAUGCCGCCAUCAGGGGCAGCAGCGCGCCCCAGGCCGCCCUCAAGACCAUGGUCAUGGACGAGACUCGGGCGCAUAUCGGCUACAACGAACAGAGCAACUUCCUGGUGGAUCUGGAGAAGUUCUACGACUACAUGGACCUCUCCCUCAUGAUUGACCAGGCGAUGGAGCUGGAUUUCCCGGCGGUGGAGCUCUACCUGUGCUGCUUGACUUACCUGGCGCCACGGGCCAUCCGAGCACAAGGCGCCUACGCCGAGGAGAUCAACCCAGUAUGUUCCAUCGUGCCUGGCUGUGGCAAAGCCAACCACUGUGCUCGAGCGUUCUUGUACCGCCUCCUGGAGAAGGCCCACCAGCAAGCGCCCCUCGCCAGCAUCCGCCAGUACGUGGACGACGUGCACUCUAGGGUUGAGGGCCCCGCCGCUAUGGUGCUGGAGCAGACCAAGCAGGUCAGUGUCAGCCUGGUGCAGGGCAUGCUGGACUUAGGCCUGCGGGUGUCUCCAAAGUCCAUCCUCAUGAUGUCUGUGCCUGCUCACGAGCAGGAGGUUCAGAAGCACGUGCUCAAGGUCACUGGCAUCAAGAUCAAGAGAGCUAAGUGGGCCAAGGACCCAGGCACCGACUGCAACAUGGGCCAGCGACGUACAUGCAAGACUACAAAGGGGCGCCUAUCGGUUGCACAAGCGAGAACUGCAAGGUCAACACUUUUCCGGCGUGUGGGGCGCGGCUCCAAGCGCACCAAGGGCGUCAUGCUCCACAACAACAACAUCAGGGCCAAGUACCGCAACGCCGACCCAGCGACGGGAGUUGCGCCCUCAGAAAUGAAGAUGAGACGAGCUCGAGCAGCGGACUUGGCAGGCCACACAACAGGGGGCCGCUGCACCGCCACCGUCAUGCUGCUUCACUACCAAGACGACGAGCCCAAGAUGAGCGCGAUCAUAGAUCAGGUCAAGAAUUGGUUUCAGUUCUGGGUUGCGAACCCUGAUAUGCGAGAGCGUGUUCGACGAGGAUGGCGAGCUGUGCUCAAGAAGCUGAUAUACACCAGACCGCGAGCCCGCUGGAGGUGCAUCACGGGCCCCAUGGGCGCGCUGAUCCUGUCCCUCCGCGAGCUGGGCUGGACACCUAGGGCCCCCGACAUGUGGAUCGACGACCAGGGCGACGAGUGGAGGCACCUGGGCGACCACGACUCCUACGACGAGCUCUACCAGGACCAUUACCGAGAAGCUGGUGCCCUGGAGGCCAACGCGCUGGCCAGCAUAUGGACUAAGGCUCGUGCCAAGGCUGCAGGCUACGUGUGCGACGACGUAUGCAUCAAAUGCGGUCUCGGGCCUGACACCAUCGGCCACCGUUUGUACGAAUGUACUGUGAACCGCCAGCUGGAGCAUGAGUGGGUGGCCAGACUGACG